CACUCUUUACUUCUUUUUGUAUGUGUGUGUGUGAAUAUAUAUAUAUAUAUAUAUAUAUAUAUAUAUAACGUGUUUUCAUUUUAUAUACAUGUUUGUUUUCGUUGUUUUUUGUAUCGUGUGGUGUCACGCGGUGGCAGAGUCGCGUGGUCGUGGCGGAUUUUUGGAGUAGAGGGGAGGGGUGUUCACCGUUGGCGAGCGAGGAUUGGAAGUGAAGUAAUUAGGACGAUUUUUUGCAUUGGAGUUGAUUGCAGCAGCCGUUAAGCCCUGGCUGUGGGAAGAGAGUUGCGGUGCGUGAGUGGGCGUGAGAGGACGUGAGUGAUCGGAAGCGCGAAGGACUCAAUUCGACGGUGGUCGGAGCGAGGGUGUGGCAGAUUUUUGGAGUUGUGAGUGGGUGAUUCAGAUUGUUGGUUUCGCAAAUGGUGAGAAGAGAGGCUGCAAGCAGGUGGAGGUCUUGCUUCUUCGCGUUCAUAUUGGUUUUACUCUGCAUCGGCACCGCCAACUGCUUACAAGCUGUCACGAACAGUAGAACCACCCUACUUUCCAGCUAUGGUUUAUAUGGCGAUGUGAUUACUACGAUUGAGAUUGGAGUAGCAAUGGAGGUUUAUUGUAGGGUGUCGGAUAUUAGUGUCUAUGAUGACCCAUACUGGCUCAAUGUGACCGUCGGUGUAUUUAAUGGAUGGGUGGCCGAUUACUACACAGACUGUGGGGGUACGGGCUUCUGUAUGGUCCCAGAUUGUCUUUGAAUAUAAAUAUUAAGCUAAAUAUUAAGCUAAGACUCGACUGGCA